AUGGGCACCAAGCCCAAUGCUUCUGCUGCUUUAAGUGAGGAAGAUAUUCGAGUUCUGUUUGAAAAGGAUCUCUUGGAAAGUUCCACGGCAGAAGCGCUUUUAAACAGGCUGUGGUUCAACGACACAAUCCAUUUCGGGUAACGAGGUUGCAAGGAGACCAGAGAAAUGUGCUGGGGAGACGUAAAACUUUGUCAAAACUUCCACAGGGCAGGAGUACCUCAAAUUCAAUGAAAGAGAAACCAAAACUCGUCCAGGAAACGAUCCACGGAAAGUAAGAGCCAUUGCAAUGAAAAUGUUUGCUGUGCCGAACAACGAGAAAUGUCCAGUCAAGGCCUUCAAAGUCUACGCAGAAAAGCGACUCGUGGAAAUGAAAACCGACGAUGCACCGUUUUAUUUGGCUGUAAGCAAUGCAAAAUCUGGCUUCGGCAAACCUCGGCUCAAAAAAGCUCCAGUCGGUGUAAAUAAGCUUAAUACCUUAAUGAAAACAGUGGCACAGAAAGCCGGACUCGGGCCAAACUUUAAAAACCUCAGCGGCAGAAAUACUAUGAUUCAAACUUUAGUGAACAACGACGUGCCGCCAACUGAUAUUAGAGUGGUUUAGCAAGAGGACGGGAACGUCAUUUCAGAACGGCGCGCGCAGCAGAAGUACCGAUAAGAAACUGGGUCUACAACACCAUCGUGUUGUGUUGAAAAGUGAAUUAGCAGUCGUUGUAACGAACCGUCGACGUUAUAUUUGUUCUUGAAUAUCCUAACCUCGGCUCUUUAAGAUCACUAUCAGCUUUGAAUUUUCGGUUUCAUAGACCACUUGAAGGAUAACUAAGUUAUCCUCUUUGAGAGUGUAACAUGCACAAACAGACCAUAAUUUACUACAAGUGAGUUGUUAACAUGAAUCCACAUGGGCGAUUAUAUUUGAAACUAUUUCAAUCCAGUUAAGUCUCGAGUCUGCAGAUUCAUCUAUCAAACUUUCAAGUCCACUAAAUAUAUUUUUCUAUGAUUUUUAUCGCUGUCAUUUUGUUUCGUGCUUCUAGAUUUCAGCAUUACUCGUUUUCCUUCACAAUUUUGUAAAGUAUAAUUUGGAAUUGAAAUCAUCGCCGUUUUUUCCUUGUUUACUGAUUAUUCUUCUCAAUCAUGACAGGACAUCUCUUUUGAGCACCACCUUCUUAGAGUUGCAAUGAAUUUUGAACGGGGUUAUCAGGAGUUGUGGCGAAAACAUGUAGAGAUCAAGCGACCCAACGAUGGAGUUGUUUACAAUGAGUUCCCGUUUGACCAUGAACGAAUGAAAUGCCCUCAAAUUAGUCACCAACGAAACGGGUAGACUGAGGAAUAAGACUUCGUUACUGUUUUAUUUUGCUUUUGUUUUUGCUUAAUUUCUUUUUUUUAACGAAUAAAGUCGUUCAAGACUGAAUCAAAUGAAUAGAUUUAGAAAGCCGUGCCGAAAUCAAGUUGAUUCGCAUUUUCUUUCGUAACGAUAGAAUGACUCUCUUGUCUUAGUUUUCACGGGCGCUGAUCAAAAACUUAAGACAUAAAAAAGUGCAAACCCGAUCUAUUCUCAAAUUUUUUUAUCGCUGACUUCGAUUCGCAGAAAACUUUUUAAUCACAGUGAAAAAGACAAUGACAACAAAUAACACUGAAUAAUACAGCAGGUAAUCUUCGUGUUGUUUCAUUUUGACAAACUUCAACAUGAAGUAAGUUUAAUUUAUUGAUGAAUUAAUUCACGAUAAAAUUAAGAGCACCCAUUCUUCAAGUUUCCAUGCAUGGUUUAAGAAAUGUAUCAAAGAAAAGCCCUCACGUUGUUUAAAGCCACGCUAAAUUACAAAAGGUAACUGAGCCCUAAAAUCUUCGAUCGCUUACUAACGAUCUUGUUUCCCUUCAGAAAUCCAGAAUAAAUAUAAUGGUAAAUUUUCACAACUUCACCGAAUAAAACAAAGAAAGGGACUUGGUUAUCUUGGAAAUGAGCUCUGAAAUCAUUCCAAACAACAUUAUCUUGCUUCUAAGUGCAAACUUAACGCAAAUCCUAGGCGUUUUGAUCACGACGGGAAAACCAGCAAGAUGACGUCCCGAACUUGAUGGGGAGAACGGCAAUGCUAACACCGAACGUCGAAAUAAAGUCAUGUCCAGAUUAUCCGCGCGCUUUCCCGUUCUGAAAUGACGUUCCCGUCCUCUUCCUAAAUCACUCUAUUAUGCAACUGUCAGGACACAAAAACGUUCAAAGUAUCACUAGCUACUUUACCGUCUCACAGAAACAACAGUUGAACAUGUCUCACACUCUCACUGGACUAAGUUUGGGAGAAAUAACUCCCAAGUCUCCCUCUUCUAUUCCGGAGAAAAGAAAGCACGAGUUUGACGAACUCGCUUAUCCAACAAGCAAGCAAGCAGCACAGCAGCCCCUUAUUCUUUUUUCGGGUGCUGUUAUAAGCGGAGGACAUAUUAGAGUGGCAUUAAACACUUUAAAUCAAUCGCCCACACUUUCAGUACGAGAGCAAAACUCAUAA